AUGGCGGCGCCCACCUUUUCCAGUGCCGUGAGAAUUGCAUCAGGAAUCCUACGGCCCCUGAAUAUUUUGGCAUCUUCAGCCUAUCAAAAUUGUGCCAAGAAUGCCUGUCUUAUCUCUUCAUUGUCUACCCAACAUUUUAGUCAUAUUCAAACAUCAGUUGUUUCCUCUGCUCCUAGACUUAUUACAUCUGUCAGAAACUCAGCAUUCGGGCAUACUGCAACAAUCCUUAACAGAGUGGCCCCCUUGCUUCCUAAUGUCCUGAAGCUACCAGUCAGAAGUCUAACGUACUUCAGUUCAAGAAAAGGAAAGAGAAAGACUGUGAAAGCUGUCGUCUAUAGGUUUCUUCGACUACAUUCCGGCCUUUGGCUAAGAAGAAAGGCUGGUUAUAAGAAAAAACUAUGGAAAAAGACUUCUGCAAGAAAGAGACGCUUGAGGGAAUUCGUGUUCUGCAAUAAAACCCAGAGUAAACUCUUAGAUAAAAUGACAACAUCUUUCUGGAAGAGGCGAAACUGGUAUGUUAAUGAUCCUUAUCAGAUGUAUCACGACCGCACGAACCUGAAAGUAUAG